UUCAGUAGCAGGGUACUGGAUGAAAAGCCUCUUUAAGAAUUUUCACCUUUCUGUCAAAGCGUCUUUUAUUUUUGAAGGUGAAACCGGAUGUAGCGUGUUUAACAGGCGCUGCCUUGACUGCGCGCUGAGCUGUCAGCGGAGCAGCCCAGUGUCAGCAGGCAGGGAAGCCCUCACACACACACACACACACACACACACAUUCACAAACACAAACUCACACACACACUCUCACUCACAGUGAGCCCAGUGUCUGUGCUGAAGCUCUGCUGGCUCCACGCUGAGGGCUGCGCCUCGACACACGGACUGAAAUCACUUCCUGACAUCCAGCUGAAGCGCUGCUCUGGUUUUAGGGGGACAUGGCUGAUCUGGGUUCUAACGAGUCCUCCACCGGGGACGUGGCGAACCGGUUUGCCCGUAAAGGUGCUCUGAGGCAAAAAAACGUCCACGAGGUGAAGAACCACAAAUUCAUAGCUCGCUUCUUCAGGCAGCCGACUUUCUGCAGCCACUGCACCGACUUCAUCUGGGGGUUCGGAAAACAAGGAUUCCAGUGCCAAGUUUGCUGUUUUGUGGUCCACAAGAGGUGCCAUGAGUUAGUUACGUUCUCCUGCCCUGGGGCCGAUAAAGGGCCCGACACAGAUGACCCCAGAACGAAGCACAAGUUUAAGAUCCACACCUAUGGGAGCCCCACGUUCUGUGACCACUGCGGCUCUCUGCUGUAUGGCCUCCUGCACCAGGGCAUGAAGUGUGACACCUGCGACAUGAACGUCCACAAGCAGUGUGUCAUGAACGUGCCCAGCCUGUGUGGGACCGACUUCACCGAGAGGAGGGGGCGUGUUUUCCUGAAGUGUGAAGUCAGCGGGGAGAAGCUGCAGGUCACAGUCGGUGAGGGCAAAAACUUGAUCCCCAUGGACCCCAAUGGCCUGUCUGACCCGUACGUGAAGCUCAAGCUGGUACCUGACCCCAAAAAUGAGACCAAGCAGAAGACCAAAACCAUCCGCUCCAACCUCAACCCCAAAUGGAACGAGACCUUUAGUUUCAAGCUGAAGGGGACAGAUAAGGACCGCCGGCUGUCGGUGGAGGUUUGGGACUGGGACCGGACCACCAGGAACGACUUUAUGGGAGCCCUUUCCUUUGGAGUGUCAGAGCUCAUGAAGGCUCCAGUCUGCGGCUGGUAUAAGCUGCUGUGCCAGGAGGAGGGCGAGUACUACAACGUCCCCAUCUCAGAGGAGGACGAUGGAAACGAGGAGCUGAGGCAGAAAUUUGAGAAAGCCAAGCUCGGCCCGGGUAAGAAGGCGAUCACCGAGACUGACGACGGACGUCCGACUGAGUUGCCUUCCAACAUCCUCGACCAGGUCAAGCUCAGCGACUUCUCCUUCCUGGCUGUGCUCGGGAAAGGCAGCUUUGGCAAGGUGAUGCUGGCAGAGAUGAAGGCCACCGAAGAGCUGUACGCAAUAAAGAUCCUGAAGAAGGACGUGGUGAUCCAGGACGAUGAUGUGGAAUGCACCAUGGUGGAAAAGAGAGUCCUGGCGCAACAGGACAAGCCGCCCUUCCUCACGUUUCUCCACUCGUGCUUUCAGACUGUGGACCGUCUGUACUUUGUCAUGGAGUAUGUGAACGGAGGAGACCUCAUGUACCAUAUCCAACAAGUGGGCAAGUUCAAGGAGCCCCAGGCAGUCUUCUAUGCAGCAGAGAUCGCUGUUGGUCUCUUCUUCCUGCACGUUAAAGGAAUCAUCUACAGGGAUCUGAAGUUGGACAACGUGAUGUUGGACUGUGAGGGACACAUAAAGAUAGCUGACUUCGGCAUGUGCAAAGAGAACAUGAUUGAGGGAGUGUCCACACGCACCUUCUGCGGCACCCCCGACUACAUCGCCCCAGAGAUCAUAGCAUAUCAGCCAUACGGACGCUCUGUAGACUGGUGGGCAUACGGAGUUCUGCUCUACGAAAUGCUGGCAGGACAGCCUCCUUUCGAUGGAGAGGAUGAAGAUGAGCUGUUUCAGUCCAUAAUGGAGCACAACGUGUCCUACCCCAAGUCCCUGUCCAAAGAAGCCGUCUCCAUCUGUAAAGGGCUGAUGACCAAACACCCGUCCAAGCGUCUGGGCUGUGGCUCCGAGGGAGAGCGGGACAUCAGGGAACACGCCUUCUUCAGACGCAUUGACUGGGAACGCCUGGAGAACAGAGAGAUCCAGCCGCCAUUCAAACCUAAAGUGUGCGGCAAAGGAGCCGAGAACUUCGACAAGUUCUUCACACGCACCCAGCCGCAGCUCACUCCGCCCGACGAGCUGGUCAUCGCCAACAUCGACCAGGCCGAGUUCGCAGGUUUCUCUUUCAUCAACCCACAGUUUGUAAACCCGGUAAUCCCUAACAGCGUAUGAGAUGGAAGAAGACGACGCCUCGCCGAUGAACCUCCCGCCCCUCUCACUGCCACCGACUUACACCAACCGCCAACUGAAAGUCUAACUGGAGAAACGCCCUACCUUCACAUCCAUUUAGUCACAAACAGAAGUCUAGGGCAUGCAUUUUGUUUUCAUGUUUGCCAGAAUAGACGAUAAAAAUUAGAUUGAUCCUUAGUGAAUCCUUUCCCUUUGAGUGUAACGAGGAGCAUGAACUGUAGACAUCUUUGUGCUGAACUGGAGGCACUGACACAGACAGCCUGUAAAUGACUUAAGCACUAGACAACUAAAGGAAACAAAUAUGUAGUUAGUGAGAACAUCGUCACACUAUACACGAGACAUUAUCUGAAGAACUCAUAUGGUAGUGUAGCUACUAUAGCCAAAUACAGCAGGCGGUGCAGGCAUUACACAUGCACCUUCUGAUUCAAUGUUUCCUGUGUCAUGUUUACAACUUUCCUUCCCUUUGAUUUCACGGUGACGGUUUAUUUUAGUAAAUAUUGACUCUAGACAGACUCAAGUUUGGAUGUGAGUAGCGAAUUAUCCUGCAGAUAACAGUAACGUGAUGAUUAGAUAACAUGCAGCCUGUAAAAAAAAAAAAGACACGUGAAAGAGCGACACGUUUGAAAAGGUUUAACUCUGAUCACCCUCAUUUACAGAAAGUGGUCCUCACUUAUUUUCUAGCCCUUCUCUGAGCUGCAGAUUGUGUAACACCCCUUGCCAAUGGUUUCGUGGACACUAUGUGGACACAGUAAUCAGUUUAGUAUGUCCGUAGUGCUACACUCUGAUAUCUAAAAUGUUUACAGCAUGUCAUUUCGAACACCGUCUCUCUCCCGUUGGUCGUGACGUCACACAGAACCAUGAAAUGCAUUUUCAGUUUUUAGACUCAAACAUGAUGUUGUUAUGUAUUAGCCAAGCAAUGAUAUGUUGCGUACAGUAUCACGCCCUCCAGCGAAGGAUGAACUCAUUCGUUAGGUUUCAGGAGUUGUGAAUCAAAAGGAGCGUCUCUAACUCCUCCCCCUUCAGGAGUAUGUCGUAUAAUUUUUUGUUUUGAGCAUCCUUUAUUAAUUUCUUUAACGUCUUUUAAAUUUGUCUUCACUGCCCUCCUCUUUCCAUUAGAUCAAAUAUUUUAGUGUACCUAAUAUCAGUGCGUAACUCCUUUGUAAAUAAUCACGAGUUAUUUAAAAAGAGUAUAGCAAGUUACAGUUUUUAUACCAACACCUGAAUGUGCUUUUAUUACAUUAAUGAUAUAAACUAAUGUUUGUAUGUGUAAAAAGUAAAAGAGCUAAGAAGGUACCCCGGUACAGACUGACUUUCUAACAUCUGGAUGUCUUAAAUGGAGUCCAAGUUUGGCGAGUUGUGACAUGUAUCUGUUCUACUUGUUUUGACAGAUUUAUCAAUUCUUUUUUUGUCGUUCUUUAUUCAUAUUCAGUGAUGUUGACUGCAAAUUUUGUGUUGAUUGGAUGCGUGUCAGGCCGUGGACUGUCCUUGUGUAUCUGCAUGCUGUUGGUAGGCAUCAUUCAUGCACGUGAUUCUCUUAAGUGCUGCAUGCUACUACGUAUGGUACCCCGAAAAGUUGCCACCUUAAAGUGAUUCUCCAAAUCGAACUGUAGAGGCUGGACUCAGCCGUCAUGCUCCUGAAGAUGUGUCCCUCUUUUCUUUGAGGAAUGAUAGCCAUAGCUAGCUUAAACUCGUGGUUUUAAUUUCUUUUAGUUGUUCUUUUGUGGAUCCCAAUGGAGAUGACUAAUAACAUUAUAAAUCUUGCUAGCUCAUGAGUGUCCAGAAGUGAUGCAAAGAUUCAGCCCUCUUUUUAAACAACCUCAUGAUGCAGAUUCCUUAGAAGUUAAAAUUUUCAUGUCCGAAAGAGGAAGAAAACAACUCUGUUAAUGCUUUUCUGAAUGAUCAUUUCCAAUGCACCCCAUGGAAGUCACCAAAAUCUACAAGCUGAUUGGCUUUAGAGAAAACUUUCCGUGCACGAAUCACGUCCUCCUCCGUGUGAUUUGGGUUAGUGUUGCAACUUUCAAUGUGAUCUCUUUGCCCAACAAACUCAGCUGUGUUUUGUAAGGACACAUGAUUUAGUAGAUGAGUAAUCAACAGACUUAUUAAGGAUUCACUUAGUAAAGAUCCAGAUUGGCUUCAAAAAUGCCGAUCUCUGCGUGUGAGCGAGCGUGCAGAUUGACCGUGACUUCCCCUAAAGACGCAGACUUCAGGAACGUAGAAUAGACGUGUUAGAAAGCCUCUCAACACAGUCCCUGGUUUUUCUCGUCUUUACCUAUUUAGUACAGUGAAAACUAAAGAUCCAGAUCCGUAGUGAGCUCUGACUCAGAAACCUGUUUUGGGAUUGGGACCACUCGCUACCCAGUGUCUCAUAAGGGGGGGGUUGUGUUAUAAUCUUAAUGUUGUGUAACCGUUUCUCUUUAUUUGCUCUUGUCAGUGUUGUCAGAUUCAUUUCUCGAGCGUCUGCUGAAGAAAUUCAGGAACGUUUUGAAGGAUUUAUCAUUAAAGAAACAUCAUAUCUGGCUGAUCGAGAUAGGAACUAAUGGAACAUUUGUUAAACUUAAUGUUUGUUUUUUAUGUACGCUCCCCUGCCGUGUUUUCCUUAAGUAUAAAACUUUCUGUUUGUGCCAAACCUUGGAAACGCCAGAACCCGACAAUAGCAGCGUUGCACUAGCUGUAGUCGUGUGGAGGACGAUUUCCUGUAUACCAGGAAAAGUAGCGUGCUGCCAUGAGGGCGCCAGUGCACACUGCAGCAUAGUCAACUCACUUUGUACACCAUGCUAGAUUCUCCUGCCCGUCUCACCUCGGGCUGAACUGUCCCUGAAAACAUUUUGACCCGAGGAGCUUUUGAUUUAACACCCUCAGUGUUUUCCAUGGAAGAAAAACAACUCUUUGUACAUACUCAGAUAGUCUGGCUCAUGUCAGAGCCGAACCUACACCUCUGUGUGUUCAGAUUAAACAGUUCAGAUCCAUCCCUUUACUUUGAGAUAGUUUUAAUAGUGCAGUAAGUGUGGGCAUGAAACAAUAUUACUUUAUCACUCUCCCCGUGUGUGCCUUUCCUAACAGAUAUGCUGUACUUCUCUGAGCCCCUUUAAUAUUCCUCCUGAACACGUCAAAGUAGCCUAGUAUGUCUGGAGGUGAACGGACCUCCAGUUCCUUGUGUGGGCUGAUGCUGCCACUUUUUAAUGGAUUUUUAAACUCAUUGUGUCACAAUUCUCCCCCCUGAUGUCAAACAUUUAAGACAAACACCCUGUUGGAGAGCUGGUUGCAUUUGCAUUUGACAGUUGCACAUCAUUGGCCUGCAGUCGGUCCAUUCCCUUCAUUUUUUAGCACUCCUUUCAAAAAUUAAAUGAGUAAAAGAAAACACUUUGUCACAUAAUUUCUCCGUAAUUCAGUCUGUUAAUCUGACUUUUAAUCCUGAGCUAACCUUUGACUAAACUCCUCUCCCUCUCCUGUACUGCCAGCUUCACCUUUACCUCCCUGUGCCUAUUAAUGACUGACGAUGUACUGACUCUAUUAACUCAUGUAUCAGUGAUAUCAAAGGAUGAUACCGUGAGACGGUAGGAGCGUGAGCGGGUGAUGUAUGGGCUUGAGAUAAAUGAAAGAAAGGAUAGAUGAUAAUGACUCGUUUGAAGGACAGCCCUCACGCCUGGUCACAUUAAAACAUCUCUCCCUCUUCGUCCCUCCGUCUCUCACUCCGCCUGCUCCUCCUUCCUCAGUGCCUGGGCCAAGUCACUCUGUCUUCUUAUCGACAGCGUCCUCCUCUCUCACCCUUUAAACCUCAUCAGGUCAGGAAUGAAGUAGAUUUUUCCUGCUGGCGUUAAUCCUCUCCCUCUCCUCCUCUCUCCUGGUCUCCCCGUGCACCACGGGAAAGGAGUCAGCCGAAUGUAUUUGGUGUUCUGCUUUGUUUACAUUCUAUAUGAUGUCCUCUUAUUUUUACUUUUGAUUCAGUUGAUUGGAAAAAAAUGAAGUAACUUUUUGGUGUAGUUCGUUAAAUGAAAGGUUUUCAGAAUGAGGUCUGCUAUGAUUUCUUUCAGUACUCCCUUUAGACGCUUCAAUAAUCUUGUUUUUCGUAGUUAGUUAAAACCCCCGCUGUGUCCAGUUUGAUUUGAGCUGCCAUGUUUUUUGGAGUACAGGAUCAAUGAUGUGCAUGAAUGCCUUAUUCCUUACCCCACACAGUAAAAUGGUCUCAAACCCUCCUCUCUUUGUUCAUUUAUAAUCUCAGCAGCCCUGUCCUUGUACAUAACGACUUACAGUAGAUAUCAUAGACUGUAAAAGAAAGAAUAUAUUGUAUUUUGCAAACGGUGUAUGUUUGUUUUCUUUCCCUCGUCAGCCUGAAACCUUUAAAACGAGUCUGAGCUACUUACCUUGUACUUGAUUGUGUCAUUUGUACCUAAUGUAUGAUAAUGCAAAUAAAAAAAGGAAAAUCAA